AUGCCUCGCGUUACAAGACCACCUGUGAAAGCUGCAUGUCUACCAUGGUGCGCUACAUACCUUCUUGACCGUUCAUUUUUUGCCUUGAGCUCAUAUUUUGUAGUCGAACAUCGAAAACCCGUUGUGACGGCCAAAAUCCCUGUAGCAGUUGCUCUGGCAGGAAUAGAGAGUGCAGUUAUCGACCCAGUCGCCGGGGUGGUCCUCGCAGAGGAGCCCGAGCCAUUCCUUGAUAACAUGAUCGGUUUGGUAUCGCCAUUCGCUGGGGUUCACAAUCUCGAUCUCUCCCCGGAUUCUCUAUCAACUGUGGAUGGAGCCCACCAGUUCUGGGGUCAGCUCACCCCGCAUGACGAUAGCUCCUACGAGUCGGCCCUGUGCAGGAUGUGGGGUCAUCGUGCCAAUGCCUACUAUAUUUAUAUCCAUCCGUAUUUACCUUUGUUGCCACCUCCUGCGGUACCGCAGCAGGAUGAUCACCCUACUGUGAUCAGGCCAUUUGGAGAAAGUUCUCAAGCAGACAAGUCCCAUAUGCCUUAUUGGCCGACAUCGUCUCUGAGUCUUGCUUUGUCCGCAAUGCUAGUCCUCAUCCCUACCGCCGAAGACACCUUUCCAAUGGCCGAAACGAACCUUGCGACUAGGCGGUCGUACGCGCAGCUAUUUGCCCAGGCGGCGCUGGCUGCUGUGGAAACUGAGACUGACGAUUUGUCGCCUGGUUUAAGCUCUAUUGUCCCUGGGAUAGAAUCUUCUCGCGCACUAAAUGUGUUGCAUCCGCAAGUUCCAACUCAGCUUGAUCCGGUUCUGGCUCUCGUGGUCCUUAGCAUUUAUGAGUAUUGCCAGCGUGGUAAUGUAUCUAGAAUGCGGGCUCGAGGUAACCAGGCUAUCACAACGGCUAUGGAUAUCUCUAUCCAUAGACUUGACUCGAUGACGACAGAUUAUUCUGAGGCACAGAGACGAGCUUGGUGGAUGACGAACAUCGAAAGUGUGGAUAAGACAGCCGUUCUCUCCGAUUUCGGCACCCGAAUACGCAAGCUGGAUUCAGAUUUUGUAUCUUUGGUGGGCGAAGCUGACCGCCAUCUUUUGACGACUUUUGACGAAGGGCCAGAGGCAUCCGUAGCCCAAACCAUGUGGAUGAUUAGCCGCAUGUUGAUCCACGCUGCUCGCACUCGGCUGCACCGCUUCCGGGCAUUUAUGGACAUCCCCCUUUUUCUCGACAAUUACUGCGAUCUUGCAGCAAUCAACAGCGAGGAUUUCCCGCACCAAUCUGCUCCCAAGUGGGUAACAGACCGCGAGGUCUCAUUCCCGUUCACCGAGCAAGAAUCCUCGAUUAUCUGCCUCAAGUCUUCUCUCGUGGUAACGACGAUAUAUCGCAAUUUACCGUAUGCGAUUCCACUUGGGUCAACCUCUUCUUCUAGGUCCAGAACAUAUCCGAAAACCAUUCCUUAUUUUGCUUGCUCGGCUAUGCAAAGCUGCUACGGUCUUCUCAUGCUACUGCAUCGACUGCGUGCCUGUCUAGCGACGGAUCGGCUUGCAAACUGUUAUCACCUGCUUAAUAACCCCACUCCUGCGUCGGAAAUUGCUGAUGCUGAGAGGUUGAGUGAGGAGCUGCGACAUGGGGUGGAAAUCCUUGGCAGAUCUCUGAAAUCGGAUGUGAUUUUUGAGGGUGUUGGGGGGAUGGGCCGGGAAAUUGAGGGUGCUUACCUGGCUGCUUUUCCUAAUAGUUCUGGGAUCUAG